GUCCGGUCAAUUUGGGUUAACUCGGAUUUUUCGAAAUUAAUUAUUUUAUUGCAGAAAAAUCUAGUCUCUGGUGACUUGGGAUUACAUAAAACCCCUAAACCCUAAAAAUUGCAGAGAGAAGGUUUCCGCCUUCUGGUAUUUUGUUUGCCAAUCAAAAUUAAAAUCCACACUGCCUUCUAGAAACAUCGUAGAGUACUCUACACUCCUCGUCCCCCUUGUCUCGAUUGAUUAUGCGUAUCGCUGCUUAAUCUGAGACCGACCUAAAUGGCUUCGAGAGCGAUUUUCAGACGGAGCAGAUUGUUGAGGGACUAUGUGAGCGCCUCCUCCCGCACAACCCGGUGGCUGGGGCAUUGCCACGCUGGCUUGAAUUCCUCUUUCAGCACCGGCGUCAAUGAUGACGAUAGAUUUUCGAUUGCCAAAGAGGAAUUCCGGCGAUUCCCCCAGCCACCUCCGAUGGGUGUCAGAUGGAUCGCUCAGUCCGUUCGUACUGUCACCACCGCCACCGCGCCGGCCAAACCGCCGCCCCCGGACGAUGAGGAUAACGAAGGCCGGGUCUGCGACAAAAGAAAGCAAGCUUCUCCGGAGGAUUGCGAUCAAGCUGUGCAAGGCCUCAGCUCCACUGCCAAAGCCGCCAAGGCCAAGAAGCUGCAGGGGUCUCAGAAGGUUUCCAAAAUGUUGAAGAAAGUGUGGGCCACUUUUUUGGGGAUCGGUCCCGCUUUGAGAGCUGUGGCUUCCAUGAGCAGGGAGGACUGGGCCAAUAAGCUUGCUCACUGGAAAAAGGAGAUUGUGUCAACAUUGCAGCAUUACUGGUUGGGUUUUAAGCUACUCGGCACUGAUGUGAGGAUCUGUUCGAGAUUGCUGCUCAAGCUUGCUGGUGGCAAGACUCUCUCCAGAAGGGAGAGGCAGCAGCUGACGCGUACAACAGCUGAUAUCUUUAGGCUAGUUCCAUUUGCAGUGUUUAUCAUUGUUCCAUUCAUGGAAUUCUUGCUGCCAGUAUUCCUCAAGUUGUUUCCCAACAUGUUGCCUUCAACCUUUCAAGACAAAUUGAAAGAAGAGGAAGCAAUGAAAAGGAAGCUAAAGGCAAGAAUAGAGUAUGCUAAGUUCCUUCAAGACACAGCCAAAGAAAUGGCAAAGGAAGUUCAAAACUCAAGGAGCGGAGAAAUCAAACAAACAGCAGAAGAUCUUGAUGGGUUUUUAAGCAGGCUGAGGACGGGUGCAGGGGUCUCUAAUGAGGAGAUUUUGGGGUUUGCCAAGUUGUUUAAUGAUGAACUUACCCUUGAUAACAUCAGCAGGCCCCGUUUAGUCAAUAUGUGCAAAUAUAUGGGUAUAAGCCCUUAUGGUACAGAUGCAUAUUUGAGAUAUAUGCUCCGGCAAAGACUCAGGCGGAUUAAAGCUGAUGAUAAGUUAAUUCAAGCGGAGGGUGUUGAGUCACUUUCAGAAGACGAGCUUCGUGAGGAUUGCAGGGAGCGGGGUAUGCUUGGAUUGCGUUCUGUGGAAGAAAUGCGUCAACAGCUUCGUGAUUGGUUGGAUUUGUCUCUUAAUCACUCCGUGCCAUCCUCACUUUUGAUCCUUUCCAGGGCCUUCUAUGUGUCUGGAAAAUUGAAGCCAGAGGAAGCUGUUCGAGCUACACUGACUUCUAUGCCAGAUGAAGUGGUGGAUACUAUUAAUGUUACAUCAUUGCCAUCUGAAGAUUCUGUUUCUGAAAGGAGGAGGAAGUUGGAGUACUUAGAGAUGCAGGAAGAAAUGAUCAAGGAGGAAGAAGAGCGGGAGGAAGAAGAGCAACGCAGAAUCAAGGAAUCUAAAGCUAGUCAAGAAGAUGUGGCAUUGAAAGAGAUGACUAUUCCCACAGCAAGAGAAGCACAAGAGCAAGCCAAGGAAAGGACACUAGAAAAGCAAGAGCAGCUUUGCGAACUAAGUCGUGCUUUGGCUGUUUUAGCUUCUGCAUCUUCAGUGAGUACAGAGCGUGAAGAAUUCCUGAGGCUCGUAAGCAAGGAGAUUGAACUUUACAAUAGCAUGGUGGAAAAGGAUGGUACAGAUGGUGAAAAGGAUGCCUUCAAGGCUUAUAGAGCUGCUCGAGAUGAAACUGAUACUGCUGGUGUUGAAGACGAAGCUGAUCAUGUUUCAUCAGCACUCAUAGAUAAGGUUGAUUCGAUGCUUCAAAAUCUGGAAAAAGAAAUUGAUGAUGUGGAUGCGCAAAUUGGUGAUCGCUACCAACUACUUGACAGGGAUUUUGAUGGGAAAGUAACUGCUGAGGAGGUUGCAGCUGCUGCAAACUAUCUGAAGAAUACUUUAGGCAAGGAAGGUGUCCAAGAACUCAUAGGCAACCUCUCGAAAGAUAGAGAUGGUAAAAUUCUUGUGGAAGACAUUGUGAAAUUGGGAAGUCGGACUGAAGAUGCAAACAACCCAGAUGAAGAUGGGCGAAUAUAGAUGAUAGCAUGGUCACUUUUUACGACUUGUUUUUGUCAUGGCAGCAGCGAAUAUGAUUAGCUAUAUACACAGGUGUUUUUGAGUCUUCUAGCAAAUCCAAAAAACGAGACGAUGCUAUUUGCUAGCUAGAGCUAUAAAAUCAGAAUCAGUGCAGAUGUAUAAAAGUACAAAUACUUAUUGGGGCCUCUUUGUUCGGCUUCCUCGAGGUUAUGACAGUAUGCUACUUGGCUUAAGAAAUAUAUGCCCUAUAAAAGAUCUAGUCACAUGAAAAUGAUGAAAGUUAUGGUCAGUCGGUCAAUCUUUAGUUGAAAGUUGAAACUCAAGAUGAUUGAUAUGCUGUUGGCUGCUUGAAAUUCAACGUUUGCUUUACCUAUUGUUUUGUCAUGUUUGGUGCGUGUCUCUGAUCUACCGAGGGGCAUGGUGGUUUUUGUGCAAGAUGAUUGAUAUGCUGUUGGCUGCUUGAAAUUCAACGUCUGCUUUACCUAUUGUUUUGUCAUGUUUGGUGCGUGCCUCUGAUUGGUAGAAAAAGAGGGGAAUGGUGAUUUUUGUGCAAGCCUAGGGUUUGAAUUGAGGCUGUGUCACUGUAUAUUGUUUAGCAGGCCGCAUGUUUUUUAUGCCUAAGAAGACAAAAGUUUAACCCUGAACUGGCUUCUGUAGAUGUGAACAUCAUGAUCAAGUCAUAUAAAGUAAUGCAUUCGGAUCAUUUAUGCUA